AUGAAGAGCUUCGGAGUCCUCUCCCUCCUGUCACUGGUGGCCUUGUCCAUCGCGGCGCCCCUCGAAGCGCGCGCCAACACGGUCAACCACGACUCGCUCUUCCCCAAGCCGCAGACCGUCCGGGGCGGGCCCGACGGCGAGGCCAUGGUGCGCUUCAGCCCGCGCCUCCGCAUCGCGAACGGCUGCCAGCCGUACCCGGCCGUCGACGACUCGGGCAAUGUCAGCGGCGGCGUCAAGCCCGGCGGCAGCUCGGCGAGCAACUGCGGCGACCCGGGCCGCGCGCAGACGUACGCGCGCGCCGGCGUGGUCGACGGCCAGUUCGCCAUCAUGUACAGCUGGUACAUGCCCAAGGACCAGCCGCGGUCCGACACCAUCGGCGCCCACCGCCACGACUGGGAGAACGUGGUCGUGUUCCCCGACGGCGCGCGCCAGGCCAUCACCAGAGGUGCCGCCUCGGGCCACGGCCAGUACAAGAUCGCCAGCUCGCCGCCGACGCCGCCCACCGUCGAGUACUUCACCAACCUCCCGACCAACCACGAGCUGCAGUGGAGCGGCGACGCCCGCGCCGUCCAGCACGCCGUGCUCGACUGGGAGGUCAUGCCGCAGGCGUCCCGCGACGCCCUGCAGUCGCACGACUUUGGCUCCGCCAACGUGCCCUUCAAGGACGGCAGCUUCGAGAGCAACGUCCGCAAGGCCAUCAAGGGCUGA